GCCCAGAAGGGGUAGCAGGCCAUGGCGGCGGCUGCUGCGGCUGUGGCGGGUUGGUUGGGCUGGGUGCUUGCCGCGCUCUGUCUGGGCAGCACCGCAGGGGAGGCGGCGCCGGGCGCGGGACUACUGAGCUUCUGCACGGAGGAGGACGGCGCGCCGGGCGCGGGCUCCCUGCGCGGAAGGGCAGCGCCGGAGGCCACUUUGUGCUUGCGACUCUUCUGCUCGGGCUUGGCCAACAGCUCCUGGACCUGGGUAGCCCCCGAGGGCGCAGGCUGCCCUGAGGGCGGGCGGGCCACGGAGCCGGAGGAGGCGGCCGCCCCCACGGGCGAGUGGCGCGCGCUGCUGCGCCUGCGCGCCGAGGCCGGCCACCCGCGCUCCGCGCUGCUGGCGGUGCGCGUGGAGCCGGGUGGCGGGGCCGCGGAGGAGGCGGCGCCGCCCUGGGCGCUGGGGCUGGGGGCGGCCGGGCUGCUGGCUCUGGCGGCCGUGGCGCGCGGCCUGCAGCUGAGCGCGCUAGCACUGGCGCCGGCCGAGGUGCAGGUGCUGCGCGAGAGCGGCUCGGAGGCGGAGCGCGCGGCGGCGCGGCGCCUGGAACCCGCGCGGCGCUGGGCCGGCUGCGCCCUGGGCGCGCUGCUGCUGCUGGCCAGCCUGGCGCAGGCGGCACUGGCAGUGCUGCUGUACGGGGCGGCGGGCCAGCGCGCCGUGCCCGCAGUGCUGGGCUGCGCGGGGCUGGUGUUCCUGGUGGGUGAGGUGCUGCCGGCCGCCGUGAGCGGACGCUGGGCGCUGGCGCUGGCGCCGCGCGCGUUGGGCCUCAGCCGCCUGGCGGUGCUGCUCACCUUGCCCGUGGCGCUGCCGGUCGGGCAGCUUCUGGAGCUGGCAGCGCGGCCGGGGCGUCUGCGGGAGCGCGUGCUGGAGCUGGCGCGCGGCGGCGGCGACCCCUACAGCGACCUCAGCAAGGGGGUGCUGCGCUACCGGACCGUGGAGGAUGUGCUCACGCCGCUCGAAGACUGCUUUAUGCUGGACUCCGGCACUGUCCUGGACUUCGGCGUCCUUGCCGGCAUCAUGCAGAGCGGCCACACGCGCAUCCCAGUGUACGAGGAGGAGCGGUCCAACAUCGUGGACAUGCUGUACCUCAAAGACUUGGCCUUCGUGGACCCCGAGGACUGCACACCGCUCAGCACCAUCACCCGCUUCUACAACCAUCCACUCCACUUUGUCUUCAACGAUACCAAACUGGACGCUGUCCUGGAGGAGUUCAAGCGAGGGAAGUCCCACCUGGCCAUUGUGCAGAAGGUGAACAACGAGGGUGAGGGCGACCCCUUCUACGAGGUACUGGGCCUGGUCACCCUGGAGGAUGUCAUCGAAGAGAUCAUCAGGUCUGAGAUCCUGGAUGAGUCUGAAGACUACCCAGACACCAAGGUGAGGAAGAAGACCGUUGCCCUGGGCACCCCUCUCAAGAGAAAGGAGGAAUUCUCCUUAUUCAAGGUGUCUGAUGAUGAAUAUAAAGUAAAAAUCUCGCCUCAGCUGCUCCUGGCCACCCAGCGCUUCCUUUCCCGAGAGGUGGAUGUGUUCAGCCCAUUGCGAGUCUCUGAGAAAGUCUUGCUGCACCUGCUGAAGCAUCCCAGUGUCAACCAGGAGGUGAUGUUUGACGAGAGCAACCGCUUGGCCGCACACCAUUAUCUGUACCAGCGCAGCCAGCCAGUAGAUUACUUCAUUCUCAUUCUGCAGGGCAGGGUCGAGGUGGAAAUUGGGAAAGAGGGCCUGAAGUUCGAGAAUGGGGCCUUCACGUACUAUGGAGUGUCCGCUCUGACAGCUCCAUCUUCAGCUCACCAGUCCCCAGUGUCUUCACGCCAGCUCAUCCGCCAUGACCUGCAGCCUGAAGCAGCUGACAGUGCCCGCUCCUGCACGUACUGUCCUGACUACACUGUGAGGGCCCUGUCUGACCUGCAGCUCAUUAAGGUCACACGGCUGCAGUACCUUAAUGCACUCCUGGCUACCCGAGCCCAAAGCUUGCCUCCGUCCCCAGAGAAUGCUGAACUCCAGGCUAUCCCAGGCAGCCAAACCAGGCUCCUUGGUGACAAGUCCAGAGAGACAGCGGCCUUCCCAGUCCACCUUUCCCUCUUUGGCACACUUGGAAACUGCAGUUGAUAAAUGACUGUGGACUAGUGAGCAUUUUUUGUUUUAAGAGGACACCAAGGGUCCACCAACAGCAGACCCAGCAUCCCAGUGGAGGAGAGCCCUGGGCGGAACCCAGGAGUGUAAACUGCUUGCCAGGCAGCCCCGAGCUGGAAAAUGGCCAAGCAUUUGGGGAGCAGGGAGAGCUGAGCAGGAGCUUUAUGCCAGCCUGUCCCCACCUAUCCUGGCCACGUUUUAGAUGGCCCUUACAAGCUGUGGGUCCUGGGCCUCCUUGGUGCCAGAGCCUCCAGCCGUCCUGCUGUCCUUGAGGAGAUGGGACUGACAGAGCAGCCCCCCAGAAGCCUGUUUCCAAGGGGACAGAAGAAACAGCAUCAUCUCUAGUCCCCAGGGCCCAGCUUCCCCUGAUGCUGUAACAGCACAGUGUUUCUAUGUACCCUGAGCCCAGUGCCAUUUGGGGACAGCUACUGCCUUUACAUGGCCUUGGCCUGUGCUCAUUCUGCUUUUGACUGGCCAACCCUCUGUCACAGAUGCCACUUUCUGAGCAGACCAAGAGUGCUGGGUUCUGAUGGAAGUGUUCAAAUCUAUGGCCCUGCCUGUACUUUUUGGCUUCCCUUACAAUGCCAAAUUUUGAUUUGCGGACCCCAGUUUUUCAUGUGCCAAAUCUAAGAGCACAGCUCCCCAAUAAGUCUGUGCCCCAGUUCUGCUCCCUCCUGUGGAGGAAGCCUCUCUGAGCCUCUGCUCAAGUCAUGAGCAGGCUGGCCCGGGGUCAGCUUGCAUUUCUUCCCCAUUUUGGCACAGUGCCACCAUGGAUUUUGUUGGGUUUCUGUUUGAGGUCAUUUGUGGAAGGCCAAAGGUCGAUGUUGACUGACCCAGGGCCGUGGCCACCUGUUGGACCUGUCGUGUGCUUUUGCCCUGAGCAUCCAGGGAGGUGUGCAGCUGUAACUUAGCAGCACUCAGUGGGGAUCGGUUGUGAGCCUGCUACGUCCUUGUUGCUUGCUAAGAAGGCACGGUUUUCUCGUAUCUGAAAUGUUCAAAUUCUGUGUGCCUUUCUGUUUCUAGUGAUGUUUUAGAGACACAGGGAUGGGAAGACUCUGUCUUUCUCUUCUUGCUUACCUAUACUUUCCAGAGUUUUAGCCCUGGGACCAUAGAUUGGGGUAGGAAGGAAGGAUUUCUAGAACCUUCCUUAAAAGAAUAUGGGCCCUUGCAAUACUUGGAGGCCAAGAGAACAGUGGUACGCUUGCUAAAAAAAAUGUUCUAAAGGAAUAUGCUCUAAAAACAAACCCAGGUUAGGAACAAAUACUUUAAAUCACCUGUCUCAAACAGAAUUCUAAAUUUUGGCUGAAUCUCAGAAUCAAGUUAGAACCUUGGAUACCUAUGCUCACCUUGAACCCCCAACCCAAGGCUGUGGUCUUGAAGUAGUUUUAACUACUCCUCCUAAAAGAGUCCCCUGGGCCUUUUACCAGCUUCUCCUAAUGUUAACAUGUUAAAUAGCCUUGUCGCAUUUAUCAAAACUAAAAUGUUAACAUUGGGAGUACUCUUAACUGAGGCCUUGAUUUAGAUUUUCUUUGAUUUCUGGUAAUUGGAUUCCGGGGUAGAAUGCCAGGAUUCACUUGGAGCCAUUGCUUCUUUUGCUCUAACUUUGUCUUCUGUAGUAAUUGCAGAUUCAUAGGAAGUGGCAAAGAUGCAGAGCCCAUGCACCCCAGUGCUCCCAUCUCACAAACUCUAGUGUAGCCACCUCUAUAGACCUGAGUAACUGCUGUGGAAGACUAGCCCACUGUCCUGGCACUACCAGGGUUCCCCUGGACCGUCCCUCAGAGCCACCUGCCCCAGCCCUAAGCCCUGGGACCACUAGACUGUUCUUCAGCUCUGUCAUUUUGUCAUGUUAAGAAUGUCAUUUAAGAGGCUGUGUCAUGUGCAGCCUUUGUGAUUGACUUCAUUCAGCGGAGUGCUCCGGAAACUGUUCCAGGUCAGUGUGUCAAUGGCGUGCUCCUCCUCCUUGCCAAAUGGUAUCCCGUGGUGUAUUCAUUGUCCUGUCAGAGGACAUCUGGGUUGUUUCCAGUUUUGGGCCUUUUCAAAAUAAAGCUGCUAUGAACAUUCACAUACAAA